GUGGCAUGUCAGAGUGCUUCAUGCAGGAACCUGCAAGACUGACUGGUGUAUACCGACUUCAAGGACGAUUCUUUUCAAGCUGAUCAUUAAUCAAAGCUUGUGGCCGCGGUUUGUGCAACAUUGCUUGGAAAUAUCUUACCUGAUUACUUCUGGUCCCGAUUACACUCAAUGUCGAAAGACUGUACAUCCGAGGAUACAGCGAGUAAGAUAUGAGCAUGGGAUGAGAGUUAUAUUAAAUCCUCCGUGGAACAGAAAUCAAUAAAUACUGCCCUCAACCCACUUUUUUUCUUUCAACUCAAUCAUUUUCCAAAGCCUUCAUCCCAACACAACUUCACCCACUUUAUAUUCACACUAAAUCAUGUCAUCAUCUAUUAAGCCAACUGUUCUCAUUCUCGGCGGAGCAGGAGCCCAAAACGGAGCUGUUACAAAAGUCCUCUCCGCAGCAGGAACAUACAACAUCCACGUCCUAACCCGCUCUCUCACCUCUCCCCACGCAGCCGAAUUAGGUUCCCUUCCCAACGUCAAACUCCUGGAAGGAGAUUGCUACAACGAGGAAGACCUCGUCUCGGCGUUCAAAGAUAUCGAUCUCUGCUUCGUCAACACGAAUGGUUUUGCCGUUGGCGAGAAGAAUGAGAUCUACUGGGGUAUUCGUAUGUAUGAGGUUGCCAGAUGGGCUGGCGUCAAGCACUUUGUCUACGGAGGUCUGCCGUACGUCAGUUUGAAUGGUAGAUUUGAUCCAAAAUCCAGAGUGCCAUUUGUGGAUGGGAAAGGCAAGGUUAAUCAGUAUCUUCAGUCCAUGCCAACAGACCCCAUGGCUUGGACAAUCAUCUCGUCAGGACCAUAUGCUGAGCGUCUCUGGGAAGCCACCAAUGUUCCCGUCAAGGACAAAGAUGGAGUUUACGUCUUUCGCCUACCGCUUGGUCCAACCGGUGCCAUGCCUCUCGUAUCUCUCGAUGAUCUCGCUGAAUAUGUUAAGUGGGCAUUCGAGCACCCUGAUCGCUCGCAGACGGCAGCAGCUUUUGAGGCUGUCACUGGGAAGAAAGCGAUAUAUGAAGAUGUUCCAUUGGAUGCAGUUAUGGCGAUGAUGCCCAAGGGGAAGAUUGGUCUGAAGGGCUCACCUGGGUACGACGAUCCGACUUUGUGGACUGCGGCCGAGCACUUUGGUCCUUGGUGGGGGAUAUUUCAGCAGAGUGGUGGCAAUACUGGUUUGUGGGCUAGAGACUAUAAGCUUCUGGAUGAGAUCAUGCCCAAUAGGAUUAAGACGGUGGAAGAGUGGAUGAGGAAGGUUAAAUAUGAUGGGAAGACGAAGCCUAUCUUGAAAACUGGUUUGAACUAG